AUGAAGCCAGUGAGGGCUGUCACUCUUUGGUGGGUGCUACUGCUGGUGUCCAGGCUGGGGGCCACCAGGAAGGAAUCCCUAGAAGAGGGCUCCUUCUACUAUGGAACCUUCCCACUUGGCUUCACCUGGGGCGUGGGCAGUUCCGCCUUCCAGACUGAGGGUGCCUGGGACCAGGACGGGAAAGGGCCCAGCAUCUGGGACAUCUUCACGCACAGUAGGAAAGGGAAUGUGCUUGGGGAGGAGACUGCAGACGUGGCCUGUAACGGUUACUACAAGGUCCAGGAGGACGUCGCUCUGCUGAGGGAGCUGCACGUCAGCCACUACCGGUUCUCCCUGUCCUGGCCCCGGCUCCUGCCCACGGGUGUGCGAGCUGACGGGGUGAACAAGAAGGGAAUCCAAUUCUACAGUGACUUCAUUGACGCCCUUCUGAACAGCAACAUCACCCCCAUCGUGACCCUGCACCACUGGGAUCUCCCACAGCUGCUCCAGGUCAACUAUGGUGGGUGGCAGAAUGUGAGCACAGCCAACUACUUCAGUGAUUACGCCAGCCUAUGCUUCGAGGCCUUUGGGGACCGGGUGAAGCACUGGGUCACUUUCAGUGACCCUCGGACAAUGGCAGAAAAAGGCUACGAGACGGGCCACCACGCACCUGGACUGAAGCUCCAUGGCACGGGCCUAUACAAGGCGGCACAUCACGUCAUUAAGGCCCAUGCCCAAGCCUGGCACUCCUACAACAACACAUGGCGCAGCAAGCAGCAAGGUCUGGUGGGGAUUUCAUUAAACUGCGACUGGGGGGAACCUGUGGACAUUAGUAACCCCAAGGACAUAGAGGCUGCCGAGAGAUACCUACAGUUCUGCCUGGGCUGGUUUGCCAACCCCAUUUACGCCGGUGACUACCCACAAGUCAUGAAGGACCAUAUCGGAAGAAAGAGUGCAGAGCAAGGCCUGGAUAUGUCGAGGUUACCGGUGUUCUCACUCCAGGAAAAGAGCUACAUUAAAGGCACAUCUGAUUUCUUGGGAUUAGGUCAUUUUACGACUCGGUACAUCACAGAAAGGAACUACCCCUCUCGCCAGGGGCCCAGCUACCAGAACGAUCGUGACCUAGUUGAACUGGUUGACCCAAACUGGCCUGAUCUGGGGUCUAAAUGGCUACAUUCUGUGCCAUGGGGAUUUAGGAGGCUUCUCAACUUUGCUCAGACUCAAUACGGCAAUCCACCCAUAUAUGUGACAGAAAAUGGAGCAUCUCAAAAACUACACUGUACCCAAUUAUGUGAUGAGUGGAGAAUUCAAUACCUUAAAGGAUACACAAAUGAAAUGCUAAAAGCUAUCAAAGAUGGUGCUAAUAUAAAAGGGUAUACUUCCUGGUCUCUGUUGGAUAAGUUUGAAUGGGAGAGAGGAUACUCAGAUAGAUAUGGAUUCUACUAUGUCGACUUCAACAAGAAAAAUAGGCCGCGCUAUCCAAAGGCUUCAGUUGAAUAUUACAAGAAGAUUAUCACUGCCAAUGGGUUUCCCAAUCCUCAAGAGGUGGAAAGUUGGUACCUCAAAGCCUUGGAAACUUGCUCUAUCAACAACCAGAUGCUUGCUGCAGAGCCUUUUCUAAGUUACAUGCAGAUCAUGACGGAGAUCAUGGUACCUACAGUCUGCACCCUCUGUAUACUAAUCGCUGCAGUUCUCCUGAUGCUUCUGCUGAGGAGCCUGAGCUGAGACAGGGUCAUCCAUUUUGUAGCUGCAUCUUUCACAGAGAACCUUCGGGAUCUUCUUCAGGAUCUUCCUCCUUUUGCUCCUUCGAAGGUUUACAUACAUCUGUUUUCAGGUUCUGUGAUAACUACCUUCCCACCACCUCUCUCUCUCUUUUUUUGGCUUGAGCUGGGAUUGAAGAAUUAGA